CAGGGAGCUGUCAGUCUGCAAGGUGCUGUCAGUCUGCAUGAAGCAGCCAGAGCUGUCAGUCUGCAAAGAGCUGCCAGUCUGCAAGGAGCUGUCAGUCUGCAAGGAGCUGUCAGUCUGCAAGGAGCUGCCAGUCUGCAGGGUGCUGUCAGCCUGCAUGGAGCAGUCAGAGCUGUCAGUCUGCAUGAAGCAGCCAGAGCUGUCAGUCUGCAAAGAGCUGCCAGUCUGCAGGGAGCUGUCAGUCUGCAGGGAGCUGUCAGCCUGCAUGGAGCAGCCAGAGCUGUCAGUCUGCAAGGAGCUGUCAGUCUGCAUAGAGCAGCUAGAUCCGCCAGUCAGCCAUGAUCUUCUAGAUCUGCCAGUCAACCAGAUUCUUCCAGAUCUGCCAGUCAACCAGUCUCUUCCAGAUCUGCCAGUCAACCAGAAUCUUCCAGAUCUGCUAGUCAACCAGAAUCUUCCAGAUCUGCCAGCCAGCCAGGAUCUACCAGAGCCUACUACCUGCCUGAGCUUCUCUCAGUACUGGGCUUCCCCUCAGUUCCGGGCUGCCCCUCAGUCCCGAGCUGCCCCUCAGUCCCGAGCUGCCCCUCAGUCCCGAGCUGCCCCUCAGUCCCGAGCUUCCCCUCAGUCCCGAGCUUCCCCUCAGUCCCGAGCUUCCCCUCAGUCCCGAGCUGCCUCAGUCCCGAGCUGCCCCUCAGUCCCGAGCUGCCCCUCAGUCACGAGCUGCUCCUCAGUUCAGUGGGGUUCUGGGUGAGGACUAUUAGGCCAUGGUCGGUGGUGAGGGUGGAUUAUCCCAGGACGCGAAGGGGAGGAACUAGGACAUUAAUGGAGUGGGGUCCACGUCCCGAGCCGGAAC